AUGAAAUCAGCAACUACGUUGAGUGUUGCACUUGCUGCUGUUGGACCGGAUCCGUGUGGGCCGAUGUACGAUCCGGUUCAAGGCGUGUAUCAUUUGCACUACCAAUUUCAUCCUAACCAUGUUGCCUGGGGAAAUGUCUCAUGGGGACACGCAACAUCGGUCGAUUUGGUAACCUGGACCGACGUGGAUCACCACCCCGACAAUGACAUCCCUGCUUGGAAAGAUCAGGAAAUGCAGUCAUUCGGCACGACCAACUUGACUAGCAGGCAUAAUCCGCCUUUAUAUAACCAUCUCUCUAUCUUUUCUGGUUCUGCCCAGCCUGUCAACUUAUCCGGUGGAAUCGACGGCACUAUCCUGGCGUUUUACACCGCAGCCUCCGAACUCCCGACAGCGUGGAACGAGCCAUACUUGCCUGGCACUGAGAGCCAGGCGUUAGCCUACUCCACCGACGGCGGAGUGACUUGGUCGCACUAUGAGAAUAAUCCUAUUCUCAGCGAUCCACCCGGGAACUGGAAUGUCACCGGGUGGCGUGAUCCGUACUUCGUUCCUUGGCCGCAGAUGGACAGUGUCCUCAAUAUGACUGUACCCCAUUACUAUGCUGUGUUUGGAUCCGGAGCCCUCUGGGAGCCGGAGAUGAAUACUACAUUGGGUAGUUUGGAGGAGACUGGAUCCUACGGAUUCAAUUUCGAGCUCUCCAAUUUCUUCUCAAUCGGUGAUCGUUACUUUGUUAGCAUGGGCGCCGAGGGCGGAAAUGUCAGCUUCCACCAGCAGAAAUGGUCACUAUGGAACGAAGGAACGAUCUCUGUUCGCGCAAAUGGUAGUAUCGCUUUCAACCCGGUUUCCGGUGGUGCGAGUGAUUGGGGUCUUCUGUAUGCGAUCACCACAUUCAACGAUACCAAGAACAACCGCCGCAUCCAAUGGGGCUGGGCCCAAGAAGAUAUGAAUGAUUUCGGCAUCACCCAGCAAGGCUACCAAGGAGCAUUUGCCUUGCCCCGUGAAAUCUUCAUCAAAGACACACCAGGCAUCAUCCCCCAAUUCCAUGACGCGAGACCUGGCAACUCCCGGUUCAUUGAAAACGUAGACGGAACCUGGAACGCAAGCACACUUGGUGUCCGGCCCGCCCCAGAGGUGGUCGAGGGUCUCCACCGAGGCGCCCAGUAUACGAAGUAUCCAUGCGACGAGAGAAGAAGCAACACUAAACAAUUCGGUCUGACGAGAAAUCUCACAAAAUCAUACCAAAUCUUCAUGAACAUCAAGCGCACUACUGGUGUCACCGGAGUCACCAUCGGCGCAUCUCCCAACCGCGAAGAAUACACCAAUAUCUACUUCGACCCCUCAUCGAAUAGCGUCUCGGUGAACCGCACUCACUCUUCUCUCAUCGACAUGUUUGCCAAUAACACACAUGUGGGCUACUUCGAGCCCUAUCAGUUCGCAAACGGCUCUACAGAGUCCAUUGAAAUGGAUAUCUUUGUCGACGGAUCACUGGUCGAGGUCUACUUGAAUGAGCGAUUCGCACUCACCAGUCGGAUUUAUCCUAGUCGAGAGGAUAGUGUCGAAGUCUCCCUCUUCUCAGCUCCGGGGGUCGAGGUCGAGUAUUCCAAGAUCGAAGUUUGGGAUGGAUUGCUCAAAGCUUGGCCUGAUAGACUGGUGAAUACUAGUUCGCUGCUUGUUUUCGAUACGCCGGCUGAGACGGGGAAUUAUACUUGGUGGACUGGGAACUGA